CUCCAUUUGGCUUGGCUGUUGGAUCUUCUUUGCGUUUUCUUCAUUCGUGCAGCGCCAAUCGCGCGGUGUGUGUGUUGCGUUUUUCUUAUUUGCGAAAUCGCUGGGGAAUGUCGACGCGCCUCAAUUGUUAAUCAUUUGCCCGAAAAUGCAUUUCAACUGCAAAAAACUUACGUGAAAAACUGAAAAAGAUAAAAAUAUUUUCCAAACGUACGAUGUGAAAAUGUGUUAUGUGAAACUUAGCAGUUAAGCGCGGAUUGUAUGUAUUAUUUAAAUUUUUGUUUUAAUAUUUUCUACAAAAUAAUUAAAAAGAACUGAAAAAAAUCGAAAAAAUAACGAAAAAAAAAACAAGAAAAAGUUUUUAAGUCAGUGCAUAUAAAACGAAUAAGAAAACAAAAACAAAGCGUAACGAAACGAGAAGGACCACAAAAAGAAAGAGAACGAAAGAGGAAUUGGCGAAGGCGGGAGCGAGAGAGAAAAAUGUCAACGUUCUUGAACAAUUUCUUCCCGGCAGAUACGGCUGCUAUGGAUCCAAUUUUCUUCUCGCCAACGAAUGGUAUACCGUCAGAGAGUAAACUCGCCACUUAUAUGAAUCGACAGAAUGUCGCCACACCGAGCGGUUAUGGGCUGAAUAACGGGUUCUCACUACUUAAUUUGGAUUCGCCCCUAAAUAAAAAGUCCCAGGUCACGCCGCAGUCGCCCGAGUUCAUUCCAACGCGCAUUAGCUCGACACCCAACUUCUACGCACCAUAUCAUAACGCGCCCAUGCAAUUGAGUAAUGGGCUCAACGGCGUCAAUGGGUUAACAGCCGCCGCCGCAGCAGCAGCAGCCGCAGUUCCCUCCUCCGCGUCAUCGGCGUCCUCCGCCUCAGUGACCAUCAGCAAAACGGCCAACGGCGGCGCCUCCAUGCUCGCCCUGCAAAAGACCGCAUCCAUCGCCACUGUUACCAUCGCACAACAGCAGCCACAGCAUCCACAGAAACAGCAACAGCAUCCGCCGUCGGUGGGCGGAGGAGCUGUGUCCGCCGCCUCCGCCCCCAUAGCCAUUAGUGGCGCACCACCAAAUCCCGCCGCAGCUCCGUUCGUCAGCAGCAUGUCUCAAACGCCGCUCAAGGGCAGGGGCGCCAUGAUGCGCCAGGAAUCACCCACGGCAGCCAUGAUAUCGGGCGCAGGACCGGGUGAGAAAUCGCCACCGCACGGAAUGACGCCACACGGAGCAUCGCCCAUACCAUCAGCGCUGCCCACCAGUGUACACCAGGAGAACGUUGGCGGCACCAUAUACUUUUAUCCGACUGCCAGCGCACAGAACAGCCAGCCCGUCGUCAAUUCCAUGGUGGUGGACGGAACGCAUCCGGCUCUGCAUGGCGUGAGUGCUGUGGCACCGAUGAGUGCGGGCGUUCCGGCGUCCAUGAUGUACACGGGGCAUGUGUAUCCGGGACCGUCCUCCAACGUGGUCACCUUGCAGCCAAAAACGCUGCUGGAGUCUGCCUUCUUUAUGCCCGACGAGAUGCGCACCGAAGUCCUUGCCCGCAACGAGAUCUCCAACCUGAUUAUGGACGCAGCGGAGGCUGCGCAGCACGCCCUGCCGCUGGAGGUGGAGAACUACCAUGCGUUAUAUCCCCUGGAACCGCCGGCGCAGCCGAUGCACGCCAAGCUCACGUUCCCCGCCACCACAUACAGGGCCACGCACAACACGACGGGCUACAAGUACUGCUUGCGAAGGAUACAUGGCUUCCGCCUGCAGUCAACCAAGUGCAUGACGCUGGUGGAGAUGUGGAAGAAGCUGCAGCACACGAAUGUGGUACAACUGCGUGAGGUGUUCACGACGAAAGCAUUUGGUGAUAACUCUUUAGUAUUAGUGUACGACUACCAUCCCGGCUCACAAACAUUACUGGCCAAAUACUUCACUCCGGCGCCAGAGACCAACGGGUACACUGAUCCAUUCCAAGGCGAGGCCCGCCCCUUCAGUCAUAAGAGUAACAUGCAGCGAACGAGCAAUGGACCCCUGCUACCGGAGGCCACCAUCUGGUCGAUCAUCAUGCAGCUGACCGCCGGCUUAAAAGCCAUCCACCAUGCCGGUCUUGCAUGCAAAGUUCUUGAUCCCACAAAGAUCAUAGUGACGGGCAAGCGUGUACGGUUUAGCUCAUGCUGCAUCUCGGAUAUAACGCAAUUCGAUCCGAAUGCGUCCAAUCCCUUGGCACUGGUUAAUAUGCAUCAGCAGGACGAUCUGACCGCUCUGGGUCGCUUAGUAUUAGCUUUGGCCUGCCGCUGCCUUCAAUCCGUGCAACGCGACAACGUCCAGUCGAGCAUCGAUAUGGUCACGCGAAACUACUCCACCGAUCUGCGAAACUUCAUUGUUUACCUCUUCACCACCAAUAACCGUCGCUCGGUGACCGACCUAAUGCCGAUGAUCGGUGCCCGUUUCUAUACGCAGCUGGAUGCCCUGCAGAGCAAAAUUGAUAUGCAGGAGGACGAGUUGGCCAAGGAGAUGGAGAACGGGCGGCUGUAUCGCAUAUUGGUUAAACUUAACAGCAUCAACGAGCGACCCGACUUUAAUCUGGACUGCACUUGGUCCGAGACUGGUGAUAGAUACAUGUUGAAAUUAUUCCGUGAUUAUUUGUUCCAUUCCGUCACUGAGGAUGGCCGGCCCUGGCUAGAUCACGCACACAUUGUACAAUGCCUCAACAAGCUGGAUGCUGGCUCCAUAGAGCGCGUGCAACUGAUGUCCCGCGACGAGCAAUCGGUACUCAUCGUCUCCUAUGCUGAACUCAAGAAUUGUCUGGAGAAUGCCUUCUCCGAACUGAUGUCAAGCGCGGCCAACUGAGCAACUCGAGAAAAAACAAACAGCAAACAAACAGAAAAACACGCGCAGCUCACUUAGCCACCCUCCGCACGACCACAAAACGACUACGAUUUAACGGAUUAGCUACUAAGUGAAACAUUCAUUACGACUAAGACAUUUUGAGAACCAUAAACAAGUAAAAUACGAAGAUGUUUAUUGUUAAGCCAAACCGAAAAAGAAACGUAAAACAAAAAAAAAAUGAAAACCGAUAUCCAAUGUUAUGUUAGCUUUUAACUAAAUUUUAGGCAUUUAAAACAAUACAAAAGGAAACAACCACAACCACAAAAAAUAAACCAACAACUUUUUGAAAACGAAAUCUCUCCAAAAGAAAAAGCAAAAACACAAAAAAACGCAAACAUUAAAAAAAAAAACAAGUAAAACAAACUAAAAGCUAAAAAAAUUUGAAAAAUUUGUUAAAAAAUGCAAAAAAUACAUAAAAAAAGAAAAAAGAAAUCACGCAAAAGAGCCGAAAAAACAUGGAUCUAUUUUUACAGAGCUAAGAGAGGAUGAAAGUAUUUAUAAAUAUGUAUUAAAAAUCGAAAGAAAAAAAUUGUAAAAUUUUGCAACAAUAAAUAACUGUAAUGACAAACAA